AUGAAGGCGAUUGACAGGAAGGAUUACGCACCUCGGUAUGCGUAUCACGAUGAGCCUCAAAGCAUCGGGUUUGGCGCUACCAUAUCUGCACCGCAUAUGCAUGGUUACGCAUUGGAAAAGAUGCAGGAUUUCCUGAAACCAGGAAUGAGAGCGCUGGAUGUUGGAUCUGGAAGUGGUUACUUAACAGCGUGCAUGGCGAAUAUGGUCGGACCAGAAGGUCGGGUGAUAGGCAUUGAGCAUAUCCAAGAGCUCGUGGACAUCAGCGAGCGCAAUGUGAAAAAACAUCACAAGGAUUGGAUGGUAGCUGGAAGGGUCAAGUUUGUCGCGGGCGACGGGCGUCAAGGAUAUCCCGAGGAUUCGCCUUACGAUUGCAUCCAUGUGGGUGCCGCUGCUAGCGAGAAACCUACCGAAUUAUUGAGGCAAUUGAAGGCACCAGGAUUGCUGUUCUCACCGGUGGGCACGGCGUCGCAGUCAAUCAUGAUUUAUCGCAAGCAGGAAGAUGGAACGGUUCGAGAAGAAAAAUGGCUGGGUGUAAUGUAUGUGCCGCUUACAGACAAGAAAGAGCAGUACGAAAAAGGCUAUUAA